UCCGCAUCAGCUACAGCGCUCUGGGUAUGUCUGAGGAAGCGUCAAAUUCUUCGCCGUCUGGCAGUUGGAAAGCGUUACGUAAUGUCAAUUUCCCCCUAGAAACGUACGAUGGGACGACACCGAGCGGUGGCGGAGGAGGUGGAGGCAACGGAGGAAGCAGCUGUGGUGGAGGAGCUAAUGGGUCCCGAAGGGGGUCCAAGUUCUUCCAACGGCCCCGCUCGAUGUCCGCCUGGAGUGACAUCAGUCGCAGUAGCAUGCGGUUGGAUGAAAGAGUACGGGUAGAAUAUUAUGUAAAUGAAAAUACAUUCAAAGAAAGACUGCAACUAUAUUUUAUAAAGAAUCAAAGAUCAAGUUUAAGGAUACGAAUUGCUAAUUUACUGUUUAAGUUACUAACUUGCAUUUUGUACAUAAUACGAGUAGUGUCGGAUCUAGAUCCAACGUUUGCAACUUGCUACGGGUGCAAGGUUGCCAACAAGACGGAAUUUCUGGACUCGGCCAAACUGACGGAGGAGGAGUUCCAGGAGAAUCCGAUCAUCAACUGGGACGCGAUCCUCUGGGUGAACCGCUCGACGGAGCUGUGGGCGGUGCAACUGGUGCUGGCCCUCAUUUCACUCACAGAGUCGCUGCUGAUUGCCUAUCUCGGGUACAAGGGCAAUAUAUGGCAGCAAAUUUUAUCAUUUCAUUUUAUUUUGGAACUUGUUACAACAAUACCAUUUACAAUUACGAUUUUAUGGCCUCCGUUCAGGAACUUGUUCAUACCGGUUUUUCUCAACUGCUGGCUCGCUAAGCGUUCGUUGGAAAAUAUGUUUAAUGACCUCCACCGAGCGAUGCAAAAGUCACAAUCAGCCCUUUCCCAGCAGCUGACAAUCCUGUCGGCGACCUUGCUGUGCUUAGUUUUCACCAGCGUAUGUGGGAUUCAGCACUUCCAGCGGGCCGGUCAUCGACAUCUGAAUCUGUUCCAGAGCACCUACUACGUGGUGGUAACCUUUUCGACCGUCGGCUACGGAGACUUUGUGCCGGACAUUUGGCCCUCGCAGCUGUACAUGGUCAUCAUGAUCUGCGUGGCGCUGAUUGUGCUGCCGACGCAGUUCGAGCAGCUAGCCUUCACGUGGAUGGAACGGCAGAAGCUGGGUGGCAGCUACUCGUCCCACCGGGCCCAGAGCGAGAAGCACGUGGUCGUCUGCUCCACGACGCUGCACGCCGACACCAUCAUGGACUUCCUGAACGAGUUCUACGCCCAUCCCCUGCUGCAGGAUUACUACGUGGUACUGCUCAGCCCGAUGGAACUAGACACGACGAUGCGGAUGAUACUGCAGGUACCGAUCUGGGCCCAGCGAGUCAUCUACAUUCAGGGAUCCUGCCUGAAGGACGGCGAUCUGGCACGGGCCCGGAUGGCUGAGGCGGAGGCGUGCUUCAUCCUGGCGGCACGCAACUAUGCAGACAAGACGGCCGCCGACGAACACACGAUACUGCGUUCCUGGGCGGUCAAGGAUUUCGCCCCCAAUGUGCCACAGUACGUGCAGAUCUUCCGGCCCGAGAACAAGCUGCAUGUGAAGUUUGCCGAGCACGUCGUUUGCGAGGACGAGUUCAAAUACGCGUUAUUAGCGAACAACUGUACAUGUCCGGGGGCGAGUACGCUGGUGACACUCCUGCUGCACACGUCGAGGGGCCAGGAAGGUCAACAGUCGGCGGAGGAGUGGCACCGGUUGUACGGCAAGUGCUCCGGGAAUGAAAUUUACCAUAUCGUGCUCGGUGAUAGUCGGUUCUUCGGCGAGUACGAGGGAAAGAGCUUCACCUACGCUAGCUUUCAUUCGCAUAGGAAAUACGGCGUUGCCUUAGUUGGUGUUAGACCGGCCGAGUUACCUGAGUUCUACGAGGAGACGAUUCUGCUAAAUCCGGGCCCUCGACAUAUCAUGAAGAAGGACGACACCUGCUACUACAUGAGCAUCACGAAAGAGGAAAAUUCCGCCUUCGUGGUCAAUCAGAACCAAACCCAAAGCCCCGACCAGCCUCCGAAGGAGGUUCCGCCAAUCAACAACAACAACAACAACAACAGCAACAACAGCAACAACAAUCACCACCACAGUACGAUCGCUAGUAACAAUCCACCGCACAUGGCCCCAGUGCCUUCGGUCUGUGUUCGUGUGCCUCAUAGUCCGAGCUUGAACUCGGCCAACUCAGACAGUCCCGGGUCGCCGCGGUGCACUACUAGUAGCAAACCAUUCUUUCCUUUCGCUGCCGCCAGCAUCGUGCUGGACAGUAGCAGCUGCUACGACGUCACGACACUGGCCGUGCCCACCUACACCGAGAGUGCAGCCCACCCUGCCAGUACGACGGGUUCCAACGCCAAUGCCAUCACGGUGUCCGACUCGAAAACGAACCUCAAGGAGGUGUCCAUUCCGACGACGGCCACCACCCAGUCCACGCUGGGACCACCGGCCAUCACGACGGCCAACCACCUGGAGAUCCCGAGCAACAACAAUCCCAACCUGCUCAGCCCGGACAUCCUGAACCAGCGGAGAGGGAGUCGGAGGCCUUCGAUCCUACCGGUGCCGGAUAUGUUCACGUCGUCUUCGUUCAGCAUAUCCGGUGAGGACGGAAUCGACGGGGAGGAUAACGAAAGCGACGACGAGCUGGACGAUGACGUUCCGUGGAGGUCGCCCUCGGAGAAGAUCGCCGUCGGAAGCGCCGAUUUUUCCCUCCUUCAAACGUACUCCCUAGCUCUGAGCUCGUCCGGCGAAUCGAAAUGUUGUAGUUCGACAUCCGAUAGCAAAGAUACGACGACCCACACUCCCCCUGCAUGGCAAACCGAUUGUUCCCGAAUCGUCAAAGGCUUCCCGCCCGUUUCACCGUUCAUCGGAGUUAGUCCGACGCUCUGUUUCCUGUUGAAGGAAAAGAAACCCCUCUGUUGCUUACAACUUGCUCAAGUCUGCGAACACUGUAGCUAUCGCAAUGCCAAGGAGUACCAGUGGCAAAACAAAACAAUCAUCCUGGCCGCUGACUACGCCUCAAACGGUAUCUACAACUUCAUCAUCCCGUUAAGGGCGCAUUUCCGUUCGAAAACAUCCCUCAAUCCGAUCAUUCUGCUGCUGGAACGGCGACCGGACAUUGCCUUCUUGGAUGCCAUCUCCUACUUUCCAUUGGUUUACUGGAUGCUUGGAUCUAUCGAUUGCUUGGAUGAUCUGCUGCGUGCUGGCAUCACACUGGCCGAAAAUGUGGUGGUGGUAAACAAAGAACUGUCAAAUUCGGCCGAAGAAGACUCGCUAUCGGAUUGUAAUACGAUCGUUGCCGUGCAAACCAUGUUCAAAUUCUUCCCAAGCAUCCGUAGCAUUACCGAACUGUCACAGAGUUCCAACAUGAGGUUCAUGCAAUUCCGCGCUCACGAUAAGUACGCACUGCACCUGAGCAAGAUGGAAAAGCGUGAGAAAGAGCGUGGUUCGCACAUUUCGUACAUGUUCCGAUUGCCAUUCGCCGCCGGCAACGUCUUCAGCGCGUCGAUGUUGGACACCCUGCUGUAUCAGGCCUUCGUAAAGGACUACGUCAUCACAUUCGUGAGGCUGUUGCUCGGAAUUGACCAAGCGCCCGGCAGUGGGUUCCUGACUUCGAUGAAAAUUACGAAAGAUGACAUGUGGAUCCGCACCUACGGUCGACUGUAUCAAAAGCUCUGCUCGACGACUUGUGAGAUCCCGAUAGGCAUCUACCGAACGCAAGAAACUAGCGGUGCAGAAGCGUCACAUGUGAGUAGCUCACCCAUCGCCGAAAAAUGGCGUCCGUUUGGAUCUUUCGGCAUUAAACAUUGUGUGCGGUUGCGACCAACGUACGAAGAGGAAGUGGUGACGACGACGGCAACCGCCAGCAGCACUUCGGCCUCCGGCGUACCGAUCAAGGGCGUCGCGGAAGCGAACCUCCGUGGCGUCACCUACCGGCCGCCACCAACGACGUCGAUGCGCAAGUCGUCGUCCUGUCUCGGGGGAUGUACCGCCCGCCGGGGAUCGAGCUACUCAAUCAAUAUGGCCGACGAAGCGCGUGACAAUCAUAGGCAGCAAAUCGAACGGGCGGAGAUAGCCAAUCUGGUCCGAAGUCGCAUGGAGUCGCUCAACCUGCCCAGCAUAGACUAUGAUGACGUGAGCGAGAAGCGAAACCACCUGUCGUACGUGAUCAUCAAUCCAUCCUGCGACUUGAAGCUGGAAGAGGGGGACAUCAUUUAUCUCGUCCGACCCUCGCCAUUCUCCGCCCAGAAAACGUUCGAGCGGCACAACUCGCGCCGCAAGUCCAACAUAUCAUUCUGCUCCAAUAUCAAUCUGGCAGCGGCGGCGGCCGGUUCCCGGCGGGGAUCGGGCAUCGGACUGAACACCAUAGGUGGCCCUCAGCCGAUGUCAGAUAGUCCUAAUGCAAUGGGACAGAUGAGGGGACGAAGCAAUUCCCUCAGGAUCGACAGUGACAUUCUGCUGCGGCGGUCCAACUCCCUGCGGCAGGGUCUCCCGAACAUCGGCAGCAGCGGUCGGCGGAAAUCGUCGCUGGAGGAGAUCGGCAUAAGCCACUUUGCGACGCUGAUGCAGGCGGCGAACCACAGCAACCCGAUCAAGAUAGCGCUCAACGGAAGUAUAGGACUGGAGGUGACACCACCGGAGGAACCCCUACCGGUCAUUGGCGUCCCGGUGCCAACGGGCAGCGGCGGAGGCGUGAAUCCCUCGACCCUGGGUGCAUCCGGAACUAUGUGUGGCUCGACGCUCGGACUCAGCUCCAUGCAGGACUCGUUGAAUGGCAGUGGCCACGGUGGAGGAGGAGGAGGAGGUGGUGGCAACGGAAGCAACAUGGGUGGAUCGUCCUCCAAUCUAUCCAGCAUGCAGAACGAAUCCUCGGGCAGUGGCGGCCAGCAGCAGCAACAACAACAGCAGCAGCCUCACCAUCUGCAUGGGACGAUAGUAUGAUAUAACUUAAUGUGGGGCCGUAGGCUCCGCUCAGCGGUGCGCAACAACAAGUGGAUAUAGAAGUAGCCUCACACCCGUAGCAGCAGCAGAUUCUAAGCAGGCACCAGGUCACUCGCGCUGCCCCGGAAAGCGGACUGUGAAUCACCCUCAAAUCCAAGAAGGCAUCUCUCCAAGCAUUGCGAGAAAGAAAAAAAAAGAAAAAGUGACAGCACCCACGAAAGUAGACCAAGCAGAAGCGAAAAUCGACGCAAGACGGUUUGAAAUGGUGACAUUCAAUGAAUGUGAUUAAUAGGUGAUAACAAAGCAUUAAAUUGAAGGCACAUCCCUAGGGAACAAUCAACCCACUCUGAACGAAGAAACCAAACAAAUCUCACUAUUGUUCUUGAUCGCAGAGGACGUGAAGGAAUGUACAUAUUGCAACCAAGGCAAACCCAACCAAAACAUGUCGGAACAAUUAACACACAAUUUGCCACAGAAGCGAGUGCGCGAGCCGGGAGUGUGAUCAAGCAUGGACAUCCACGGAAGUUUUCCGGUGUCAGUGAUAAAGUAUGUAGCAGCACAACGGAUGACAAACCUUAGGACCUAGGCACAAGAGAGGAGGGAAGGGGUUGAGCGAUGGCUGACGGGGCACGUAGGAACCAUGGGGUAUUCUACAGCUGGGGUUACCAUGUGGUAUCCUAAAGGAGGACAUGUCCUCCUUUUUCAAUAAUUUUUCUACAUCCUCCUUUUGCCCGAAAAUGUCCUCCUUUUUAAUCCUUGCAUUUUUUUUUUCAUUAAAAUACUCAUAAAAUUGUUUUCAAAUAGCGUUGUUUGCAGAGAUUAUUUGUUUAAUUAUGUCACAACCGCAUCUUAUCUAGCAAAUGCCAUUCGAUGGUGGGACUAUACUACAGCUGUCGCACAUAUUAUUAAAACGUUUGAUAAAAACUCAAGUUUUUGAAAUGGUAACCCUAUCUACAGCUGUCAAAUCAUCAGUAGGCGCUACCUGAACAAAGCUGGAGAUCAAAUUGAAAUCAAAAUUUGCUGUUAUGAUGUAAUUUAUUUUGAAUACUCCAGUCAAUCUCAUUCUGGUUGAUUUAACGGAUACAGCAAAAAUGAGAGCGAAUGUUUACACUGUUGAAUCAAACGGAAAACUAAUCCUGCUUUCAAUUAAAUCAAUUGGAUUACUGAUUUGGCAUUCAUAAUAUUUAACUGAAUACGGGCCUGGCGUAAAUGGUUAGAAUCCAUGCUUCUCACGCUGAAAGGCUUGAGCUCAAAUCUCACCCGGACAUGUCUUGAAUUACCUAAAAUGUGUUAAACAAAACAAAUCAACAAUAAUUGUUAGUUCAACGACCG